UGCCUUGCCGGACUCCGUGCCUCCUGCGAAUUCUAAUGACAUGCACGCAUUGCCUCGUUUUGUCUUGCACUUGGUCGAGGACCCCACACAAGCACUUGCCCUCCGCAUCCUUUUUUUCUUUCUGAACCUUUCCCAAUGGUGUAGUGUGGGUGGGUGUGUUUGCUCACCAUGGUGUAGUGUGGGUACCGGGUGUGUUUGCUCACCAUGACCAGGAGGCACGGCUAAAUGAACCUUCUGACACAAGUGCGGAACCAUGGGGUUUCUUGCAGUGGAUGCUACAGCUGAUUAUACUGGGAGAGGGUUGGCUUGGGGAAUCGCCUGUGCUUGACCUGGUGCAGAAUUCUUUGCAGGCAUCUCCUGCGCUAGCUCGUGGCUCGUGCUAGCAGCAACGCCGCCUAGCAAUAGAGAUGGCCGAUAUCAAAAGGGCAUUAGCAGCCGCAAGGCUGCUGCGUAAGGCAGAAAGCAAAGCAGAAAACAUGGAUGUCAAUGACCUGAUUGGUGCUGCUGGCCUGGAUGCGAACAGCUUCCGUAGUCUGAGCGACUCGGACUUUCGCAAUCUCGAGGACUACCUUCAUGGCGAAACCCAGCAAUUUCCUGGCUUGCUUGCCUCUGACCCACCAAGCAGCAGCAAUGUCUCGCUGGGCUUAUCUGCCAUCUCCAGCGGGAUAUCAGGAGCUUCAGGUGAGAGUAGUAACCUGCAACACAUACUCUCUACCAUCAACUCGUCAAGUGAUCCAGCACUGAAGCAACUGGCCAGCUCUCUGACUGGUGGAGGUGCUGGUGGUGACAUGGCUAGCGCUGCUGGUCAACCACUGCACCAUGGCCAGCCUGGUCUCCCGCUGGGAGCAAUGGGUGUCGAUCCCGAUCUCAUUCUGCCGUCCGCCGAUGGUACACCCUUCAAUGGUUUGGCAGGGAUCAACUACCAAAGUAUGCUUCAAAGAGAGAAAACCUCUGGUAUUCCAUCUCCUCCGGAUUCAUCUGAUGAUCCGUAUUCGCCACAGAAUGCAUCGCGCCACUUUCAGUCCACAUCGUCGCCGGCACAGUACCUACAGCAUAUCCACCAUUCACCGGCAUCCUCGUCAGGAUUAUCCGACCAUUCACCGUACGGCGCUGGUGCUGCAAGCGGCCAUGCCCUGUCACCGGCAGCGGGACCCUCUAGCAGCGGUCAGAGCACCGCACAGCAACUCAUGCUGCUGCAGCGUCAGCAGGACAGCCUCGACCAGCUGCAGAAAAGCCUGGCGGAGCAAAGUGUGAUGAUUGCUCAGUUGAGUUCCAAGAAAGCAAAGCGUGCUGAUCGGUCGCCAAGUUCGCCCGAGUCUAGUGUCUCGACGUCUACCAGCUCUUCAUCUUCAUCUUCCCAGCAGCAAACCGCCAUUCUGCAAGCUAUGAUUCAGCAGCAGCAGACACAGCUUUUGGCACAGCAGCGAGCGCAAGAGAAGCUAUUGGAAGCCAUGAAGCAGCAGAUGAAUCAGGAACAGAUGCAACAGCAGCAACAGCAACAGCCGAUCUUGCAGCCAGAUGAGCUGCAGGCAGCUCCUCCCAUCAAUCGACUCCAGCAGCAGCAACAGAGCCUGGUGGCUCUUCGGAAGCUUCAGCUACUGCAACAAGACAGUGCCGGUCAACAACAACAGCAACUGCAACAGCAGCAGCAGCAACAACAGCAGCAGCAACAACAGCAGCAGCAGCAACAGCAGAAUUGGGAACAUCUUCGCCAGCUGCAAGACCCUCUUCAGCAGCAUCAUCAGCAUCAGCAGCAGCAGCUCCCUGCAGCCAAGAAGACAGUGCCGUUGCAACAGCAACAAUCAUCUGCUCAGCAAGCAGCUGCAACAAGCGCUCAGAUUAAGGAGCAACGCAACAGUGUGCAGACAGACCAGGCAGCACACGCACCGGAGAAGAGAUCGUCUGCCUCGGCUAGUGCACGUGGCAGUGAGCCCUCGGCCAAGAAGCGAAAGCACGAUGACUCGUCCGGCUUUGACGACACGUCGGCAUACGUUAUCGGCAAUGCCAAUGCAAGUUCCAGCGACUCUGGUGACGGCGAAGACGAGGCUAAUGGCAGAGACCCUGAAAACAUGGACGCGUCGUACCAGUGCCUGAAGUGGCAGACCCACUACCCAGAGAACUUCUACCAUCUUGCUGGCGCAAACUACGAGGAACAAGAACUACCCCUGUUCCACGUGGAAGCAGACAAAGGCUUCAACUACUCCGUUGUGGAUGAUGCAUUUGUCUGUCAGAAGAAGAACCAUUUCCAGGUCUCAGCUGUUGUUAGCCUUCCACCAGGCUCACGCUUUAUCAACACAAAGAAUGGCUACACCGCACUGGAGGGAAUAGCAGUUCACUCACAUGGCAUCAAGGUGGAGGCACCCAUGGCCAGUCGUGUGCACAUCGAGCAAUCACAGGCGGAUCGCAAGAAGCACAUUUUUCAGCCUGUUCCGAUUGAACUGAACGGUGACUUGUCAGCUAAGAUCACCAUGGGUCGUCUUCACUUCAGUGAAACCACUGCCAACAACAUGCGCAAGAAGAGUCGUCCCAACCCAGACCAAAGGUACUUUUCCUUGGUGGUAACGAUGGAAGGUCUAGGCAGGGAUGGCAAUGUCUACCUUCUGCAAUCGCAAGUUUCCGAACGACUCAUUGUGCGGGCUGCCAAUCCAGGUCAGUUUGACAAUGAACUGGAAGUUGCCUGGCCACGUGGACAACAGCCAGGAUCUAUCUAUCACCCGGGCAAGGUUGGCAUUGGUACGGAGCGGCCGGAUGAGAUGCUGACGGUGGCUGGCAAUGUUCGAGUGACAGGGCAAGUGUACAAGCAGUCUGAUAGACGCCUGAAAGAAAACUUUGAAGAGAUUUCACCUGGUGUUACUCUGGAUAGUAUGGCCAAGCUGAGACUGUACAAGUACAAGUUCAAGGAUGCGUAUGCACAAGCAGCAGGUCUGGAGGUGGGAGAAGAAGAAGUUGGUGUCAUUGCGCAGGAGUUGCAGGAAGUUCUCCCAGACGCUGUCAAAGAGUCGGAUGAUGUGGAACUGGCUGAUGGACAGAAGGUGGAGAAGGUCCUUGUUGUCAAUAAGGAUCGUAUCUACAUGGAGAGUGUUGGUGCUGUCAAGGAACUCUGCCGGCUGACGGACAACCUCCAAACUCGUAUCAAUGAGCUGGAAACACUGCGUAGACGCCACGGCAAGCAUUGUCCCCGUGGACACCAGUCCAACGGUAGCAUUCGCAGCAAGGGUAGCUAUGCCAGCUACCUCAGCUGUACGGCGGGUAGUCAGACCAGUGUGGACUCCCGAUCUGGGUCCGCGCUGGACACUGUAUCCGGAUUCUACCACCCACCACCACCACGCUACACGCCAACCGACACCACCGCUGGGCCGAAGAGCGACCGAGAUGCAAGUGCUAAUGGUGGAAGGCGAAGCCCACGCAAUAAGAAGUCAACGGAGGUUCAACUGCACCGCGAGACAUCUGUGUGCACGCCCAAGUUCAUGCAGCGACUCAUCAUCGUCCUCAUUCUCGUCAUGGCUGCAUCGAUUGGUGCUAUGAUUGGCCUGUAUGUUCUCCGAUCACCCUCAACAAACAACACAACCCCUGGCAGCCAGCCCAGCAGUGCUACCAACUACCAGACUCCAAUCAGCGACGUCACCGUCAACAACCACACUGUCAUAGAUGCUAGUACGGGGAUAGCGUACAUGACUACAGCCGCCACAAUGCACACUCCAACACUCGGCUCCACGCAGCAGGCAACAAGUAGCGCCACAUCGACGCCUAGCCCGUCGUACUUCAACACAUUGCCGACCCUGUCACCCGCCCUGGCUAGUUAUCAGUACAGUAUAAUCGAUCAAUGCUGCAACAAGUACAAUGUUCCGCUUGCACUGCCGUCUACACUGCCACCUGCUACAACUCAAUCGCCGACGACAGCAGCACCAACGACAGCAGCAGCGCCGUCAACAGCGGCACCGACAACCAGUCAAGGCAUAACGACGCCAGGAAUGACUUCGCCACCGCCUCUCAGCCCCGAGUCACCAGCCUCUCCUGUACCCGGCAAUGAUAUGGUGUCUGCAGGAACUCCAGGGGGUACUACCGGUAUCUUGACAACGACUCUGACGGAAGGAGCUGUUUCACAAGAUGUCCAGGCCACAACAACGAUGCAAGCAUCCAACAGUGCUCCGCAAACCGCGUCACAGUCUGCAAAUACGCCAGGGCGCACUCUGUCUGGCUUUGCCGAUCUUUCCCUGUCUGUGGUGAUCCCCACAUUGUCUUCCCCGGUCACCCUGUAUCCAAUCCAAGUCAACAGUUCUGCUUACAGGGUAGUAGUGCCCCAGCAUCCUGGUUAUAGCAAUGUGACCAUCAGAUUCCAGUCAUCAUCAAACUUUUCAGCCGGCCUGUGCCUGAACCGAUCAUCACAUGACUAUGGAUGUAGCGAUCCCCAGACUCCUCUCCAGCCUUUCCAGUCCCUCUCGGCUCUCAUCCACCAAUACAAACUCAACCUGGAUGCCGGCCUUGACGUUGUGCUACAUUUCCGUGCCUUCUUGCCAAACAUGAGUGGCACAUGCUCUUCUGAGGAUGGUAUGUCCUAUGUUGACUUCACGCUAUUUAUCAUCCACCAGUGCAAUCUCAGCUCAGUAUAGGCUGCAGUACACCUGGUGCCUGAUGGACGACUGAAACAGAUCUACUUGAGACCAUGCAGGGUAGAGGAGGCAUGGCUGAGCUCAGCUUGGCCAAGGCCACUGCAUGUUGUCGUUGAUGUGUUCGUUGCAUACCAGUCUGUUUUCGUUUCUUUCUGCUCGAACGCAUGCUCACGUUGUCCUGCUUCAGGUAAGCUAGUACAGUGUGCUAUGUGCCCGGGUAAUCUAGCAUUCUACUUGAUAUGUUCCCACUUCUAGAAUAACCCUUAAACUGCAUUCCAAGACUGUAUAGCCUAAUAAUAUAAGGCUAUGUGUAUACAGGUUAUUGCAUAAUUAGCAACAAGAUGCGCUGGUUGUCACACUGUUGCCUUGAUUCUUCCUCUCUUCCCCUGACUACAUGAUUGUACUGCACACUACCGUCCAUGGUAUGCUCACCUUCUAUUUGCCAGGUGAUGGUUGCACUAUUGAUAGUCCUUUAUAACUGUCAUGUUCCACUUGCCUUCGGCACGCAUGAUGGGUUUUGAUCACUAGAGUUAUUUUUAUACAGAUAUUGCAAUUUUGACACAUUGAUUUGAUGAUUCACUUAUUUUGACUAGCUUUAAAAACUAUUUUCAGUUUGCCACGUGUAGCAAUGUAUAGCCUUACUAGGUGUGUGUAGUGAUAAUUAUUGUUCUUUUGCUUGUUUCCAUGCCAUGCUAUUGUUUGUCAACAUGAUAACCGGCUUCACUCCAGGACCUUCUACUUGUCCUCAGUAUUUGUUCUUGUGAUAAACUGAAUUUGUGUACAUAAUUGUGGUGUACCCAUGUCACCACAUCCCUUGGAA